AUGUCUGAUACAAGAAACGUAUCUGAGCAACAUGAAAUCCAUGCAACUUCGCAGAGUGAACUUCCAGACUCCAGAAAAAAGGACAUAUCGCCACCACAAUUGCUAUCCAGGUCUUCGUCUCUUCAGCCUCCUCCUGGGGGUAAUCGACCCCUUCUUCCACCCACAGGUAACAUCCUGGGAUCACCUUGUUCAAAUCCUGAUGCAACAAGUCGUCGCCAUGUCAGAAAGUUCAGUCGAUAUAUAGAGGCUCGCAAUACCGUAUCUGUAUCGCAGCCUCAACCAUUGUCGGUCUCGGCUGAACGCCCGAAUAAGCGUCUGCGCCACCGUUCGUCAAGUCCCCAGCCAAGGGCCUUGGGGGACACACCCUUCCAGUACCACAGUUUAAACUCACAGAAACAUGAGAUCCGUCUUCUUCGGAUCUUGUCGGACGUUUCAGCCAAGAUCCGUUGCCAAAUCUUUCACACUUCGCUGGACAUGGUACAGGAUUACAUCGCGAUUUCCUAUUCAUGGGGUGAUCCCCUUGAAACAAGAGUCAUUGAGCUGGAUGGCCACCAGUUUCCUGUCACAACGAGUCUAUGGCAUGCCUUGUCCAGAAUCAGAUCUAUAUCCACUUCUGUGAUUGUAUGGGCAGAUGCAAUAUGUAUCAACCAGCUCGACGAUGAAGAAAGAAGCUAUCAAGUUGGUCUUAUGACUUCAAUAUACAAAAAGGCCUCCAUGGUCGCCCUUUGGUUGGGACCGGAAGCCAACGACAGCUACGCUGCAACUGAGCUGCUCUGUGAACUGGCAGAGUGUAAUAACUCGCGAACGGCGCUAGCCGCCCUGAUAAACAAUCGCAAACGCAAGCGUGAUUGGCAAGCUCUGGUGGACUUGUUCGAGAGGGACUAUUGGCGAAGACUCUGGGUGGUGCAGGAGAUCUUCAAUGCGCGUCAGGUGACCGUCUUCUGCGGAAACUCUGCUCAUUCGUGGGACAUCUACCUCCAGGCGUCUAAGCUUCUCAGAGCUUGCAAGGUGGACCUUAUGAGAGCUUUCCACCUGGAAAAAGGGCGCCAGGCCUUGUCUUUGCGAUCUGUCACAUACGUGGACUGUUUGGUGGGUUUCGGGCCGAGCACUCUUCAGUCAUUACAUUCGUUGCAUAAUGCUGGAAGCGCAGAUCUUUUCAGCUGCCUCUUGCUGUGUGCCGACAAACUCUGUCGUGACCCACGAGAUAAGCUGUAUGCUCUCCUGGGUAUACUCCCAGAGAAAGACCAGACCCAAUUUCAAGUCAACUACAAGCUGGAUCCACGGCACGUAUAUACGGAUAUUGUUGACUAUCUGAUUGCGAAAACUGGCAGCCUCGAUGUCAUCUGCUGUGCCUCUAAUCCUAUUCUGACUGAUAACAUCCACAUCCUUCCCUCGUGGGUUCCAGAUUGGUCAAACGGCUCUAGCUGGCGAAAGCCUCUUGCCUGGAACUUCAAUAGGCAUUUCAACGCCUCUAAAGACACCAGAUCUUCGACAUAUCUCUCCAGUCGGAGAAGAAAGCUGUCGAUUACGGGCAUCGUCCUCGGCACAGCCGACUACGUCGGUAUUGGGCUGGAGCAUGCCCCCAGUACCAGCGCCUACCUCAUGGCCUUCCUGCAAUGGUAUUGGGUGUUUACAAGCUACAAAAGCCCAUUGAGUGACGACGAUCACGAAUCCUUUUGUAGAACCUUGUCUCUGAACCAAUUCAGGUAUCCAAGCUCUACAUCAGUCGAUGUCAUUGGGCGAACCUACCAAGUCUUUACCCGAUUUCUAGCCCAGCGUUACCAAGCGUGGAAACCAGAUGAGAUAUUGCAGCGAUACAUCCAGGCGACCCCAGAAAUGUCGAUUGAUGAAAUGUCCCAGGCAUUGGAAAACUACUUCAAGACAGCGAUGAAAGGUCGCAAAUUUGUUAUCACCACUACGGGUCUCUUCUGUCUUGCCUCUGAUAAUACAAAUGCUAACGAUAUUAUAUGCGUUGCUUUAGGAUGUUCUAUUCCUAUUAUACUGAGGCAGUUUGGGGAGGAGUUUAAAAUAGUUGGUGAUUGUUUUGUGGAUAGAUAUAUGUAUGGACGGGCGCUAGAUGAAGAAAGAACUGGGGCAAGAGAAAGGAAGGAGUUUAUUCUUAUUUAG